AAGAUAUUGAAAUUCGAAAAUUUGGCUACAUCGAGACAAGAUAUGGAAUUUUUAUUUGUUUUGUCUCCAGAUUAGCAUUUAUUAAUCCUAUGGUUAUGGAGAUGGAGAUGGAGAUGGAGAUGGAGUCAAGGCUACAUUAGCAGCAGAGACAGCAAGUGGGUGGGUCUGGUGGUCUGGCCCCGAAAGCAAAGCAAUGAAAAGAACAGAAGAGGUCUGGUGAAGUGAGGAGAUAGAUGAGAUGCUCUUUCUCUCUCUCUGCUCUCCAUCCAACUAUCUCUGCUCCCACUGCACUGCACUGCUUCUCUAAUAUCUAUCUUCUGGGCAGGUUCUUCUGAUCUGGGCCUCAGUUAUUUCUUUCAUUUUUGAUUCCGUUUCGUGUUGCACAAAUUUGGGUCUUUUUCUUUUUGCAUUCCGGAUCUCGGUCUGGUGGGGAUUUUUGUUAAUCAUCUUGUCCCAUCUAUUUUAUGAUUCAAGUCUUUUUGAGGCUUGAAUGGGAAGAAAGGCAGGGUUAGUUUUUGGGAAAGAUUGUCGAUUAUGAAUGUUCUAUGAUGUGUUGAAUGAUGGUGCUGAUUAGUCUUUUGACCGCAGAAAAAAAAUAAAAAAGAGAAAAAUAGGAUAAAGUGAAAAAAGCGAGAGAGAAAUAGAGGGGGAGGAGGGGACAAUUAAAAGAUAUACUAUACCCUUUGAAAGAAUGCAUGUUGGCUGUUAAUGUCAAUGAAAGCGAGAUACUUUGAGGAAGUUUUCAUUCUCCCUUUAUCCUUCUUUUUCACACAUGUGGAGGGAGUGUGGAUGCAAUGUGCUUUCUUGAAAGGCUAAGCGUGUGGAGAUUCUGAAGAGACAGACAUUUGCAGUGCAGGGUGUUGGCGUUGGUGCUGUUCGGUAAUCGAGCAGAUUGCUAUCUAACCAAGGAGAGAGAGUUGCCAAGAUGCCUAUGUUUCGACCUUCUAAGAAGGAGGGGAUUCUCGGGUUUGAAGGGGGUGGAGAUGGGCGUAUAUUAGAUCUAGAUACUGCAGUCAAAGAUGGAGUCUUGGGUGGGGUGUCGAAUGGGGGCUACGGUGGUGGAUUUGGGGAUAAGUUGGAUCUGAAGAAGAUGAUCGAAGAGCUAAAUUUGCAUGAAGUUCCCUCGGUGUUCAUUUGUCCUAUUUCUCUCGAACCUAUGCAGGAUCCUGUUACCCUUUGCACUGGCCAAACCUAUGAGAAGUUCAAUAUUCUCAAAUGGUUUAGCCUGGGGCACUACACUUGUCCCACCACUAUGCAAGAACUUUGGGAUGACACCACUACGCCAAACACCACGCUGUACCAGUUGAUAUACACUUGGUUUUCGCAGAAGUAUGUUCAAAUGAAGAAGAGAUCUGAGGAUGCACAAGGAGUGGCAAUGGAGCUUCUCGGUACCCUUAAAAAGGUUAAGGGCCAGGCUAGAAUCCAAACACUCAAGGAGCUGAAGCAACUUGUUACAAAUCAUUCAACAGCUAGGAAGGCUGUUGUUGAUGAAGGUGGGGUGGCUCUUCUUUCAUCUUUACUCGGUCCAUUUACUUCGUAUGCUGUGGGCUCUGAAGUAAUAGCAAUUCUUGUGAAUUUGAUCCUAAGUUCAGAAUCAAGGACAAAUUUGAUGCAACCUGCCAAAGUAUCCUCCAUCGUCGAUAUUUUGAAUGAAGGGUCAUUGGAAACCAAGGUGAAUUGCAUUAGGCUGAUUCAGACAUUGAUGGAAGGGAAAGAUUUCCGCACAGAAAUUGUCUCGAGCCAUAUCUUGUUGGUUGCUUUGUUAAGGUUGGUGAGGGAUAGGAGACAUCCUAACGGACAUUUACCAGGUCUCGGUCUUCUCAAGCUAAUUAGCAUGCACAAGCAAGUUCGGAGUUUAAUUGUGAGCAUUGGAGCAGUGCCUCAGUUGGUAGAGUUGAUCCCCAUAUUGAAUCCUGAAUGUGUGGAGUUAGCCCUUUUCAUACUGGAUAUGCUGUCCUCUGAACCCGAAGGAAGACAAGCUUUAAAGGAUUGUCCCAACGCAAUCCCAAAUGCAGUCAAACUGUUAAUGAGGAUCUCUGAAAGCUGCACUGAAUAUGCUCUUUCGAUCUUAUGGUCUGUGUGCAAAGUUUCCCCGGAGGAGUGCUCGUUGAUAGCUGUGGACGCUGGCCUCGCAGCAAAGCUCCUCCUUGUCCUCCAAAGUGGUUACAGACCCAUGCUGAAACAGCGUGCAGCUGAGCUGCUGAAGCUCUGCAGCUUGAAUUAUUCUGAUACAAUCUUCAUUUCCAAGUGCAAACUAACCAGGACAAUGCAAUGACUGUUGAAGAUUGAUCGAGUGAUGCACAAGCCUCCACGGUGCUUGUUGGAGCAGGUGAAAUUGAGAGAUCCCUCCCAAAUUCUCUUGUUGUAAUCGGGGCUCAGUCAGUCAAGAAGUUUGCAGAAUAUUGCGAUGAGGUGGAGAUUGGUUCCUCCUGUAUGUAUGUAUGCUUGACAAAUGUGUAGUGUAGACCUGUAUUGCACCGUACAUACACUUUUCUAGCCUCGCGAAACACUUGAUGCCUCCUGUUAAUUUCUCCAAUAAGCACCGGGGCAGGGGCAGGGGCAAGGGCAUGGUUGCGACGCCUCAACUUAUGGAAUGAUUUUCAUCUGUAAAGAUAUAAAAAGACUAGGUGCCAAUGGUAAUGCCUGCAAUCUUGGAAUUUGGUGGAACCUUGCUCAAGUCUGGUUGGCCUCAAAGACAGUAGAAUGUAGUGAAAUUUGGUGUAUACGGGACAGCCCACAAUAUUCUAAUAUGUUAAAUUCUUUCAGUUUUUCUGCUCCUUCAGCAGCACUCAUUUUCUUGUAUGUAGUUAGUAUAUUAUAUUAUACGUGUUUCAAUUUUUUUGUAUGAGAAUUCAGGUGUUGGCUUUGAUUGCCAGUUUCUCUUCUCCAAGUCGAGUCGUUGCAAUUCUCCGAUACAUUUGAUAUUCAGAAUCAAGCAAAA